AUGAUCAACACUUUUAAGCUGGAAAAGGAUGACUGGUUCAACAGAUUGUAUGGUCUUAAAGAAAAAUGGUGUACAGCUUUAAGUAAAGAUUUUUUUUCUGCCGGUAUACUUUCUUCACAAAGAAGUGAAAGUACGAACCAUGCUGUUGGAUUUAAAGCAAAUAAAAGUACAACAUUAACAAAGUUCUAUAGUAUUUUUCAAGCUACAAUAAAUCGAUGGAGAAAAACCGAAGAAAAAGACGACUUUGACUGUACAAGGGGAAUACCUACUUCAGAGCUAAGUAUGAGUGCUAUAUUAAAACAGGCAGCAAAUACAUACACGAUAACACUUUUCCGUGAUUUUGAAGAAGAGUUCAAGCUUUCUGUGGCAAGUAGUGCAAAGUUCAAGGGAAAUGUUGGAAGAACAGUAUUUUUUGAGGUGUGGAUAGAAGGAAUAACAGGAUCAAGGCAAGAAGUUCAAUUCAAAAUGGAAGAUUCAACCGUCACUUGCACAUGCAAAAACUUUGAAAAAUCUGGAUGGUUGUGCUUCCAUUGUUUGAGAAUAUUGCAUUUACAUUCAAUCAAUACAAUUCUAGAUCGUUACAUAACAACAAGAUGGACUAGAUAUGCAAAGAAACAGAUAUGGGAAAGGGUUGAUACGAUAAAAAGGGAGAAAGGGGAAAUCAACAAUUUUACUGGGCAUAAGAUAGCAAAGGCCAAAAAAUUUAUCGAGGAGAAGUUUAAAACGGAUAAUAAAGCAGCUGAUGAAAUCAUAAGAAAGGAAGAAGAAAGGAAGGCAAAAGAAGAAGCUGCAAAGAUAGCAGAACAAGAAAAGGCAAAAGCUUAA